GAUGACUUGACUGCUUUCGUUAUUUUUUUUGCCCCGACGGAAAAAAGUUUGUGCUCGUUAUCCUCUUCUCUCAUCUUUUUGUUUCAUAAAUAUCUCUUGCCACUUCACUCUUACUAGCGGACCAUGAUAGCAUCAACUUUGCUAUCACUGGCCGGCGCCGAUGCCGGCGUUGCUGCGUGGUUUCCAUGUGAAAUCCGGCAACAGGGUCGUGCUGAAUCCACGUCUUAUCCGAAACCCAGGAAGCUUUUCAGCUGCUAUGAUGGAAAGCGGCAUCAUUUACAUCAGCUCAAGUGUUUCUGGAGAAGUCCCAACAAUAGUAGUCUAAGUUUGACGAAGAGAAACUCGCUGUUGAGAUAUGCUUAUGGCAAAGAAGCUGAGGACAGCUUUUUCUCGGAUGUGAGGGAAGAUACUGAUGAGAUGUACGAUGAAUUAUUUAAUAAGCAUGGGAAAGUAGUAUUUAGCAGAAAAGCCCAGAAACCUGCUACUGCAGAGGUUGAUGAUGAUGCUGACAGCCUUUCAUUUGCUGUGGAAAUGGCUAGGGUUGCAAGUGAGGUCAAGGCAUCAGAUAUAAAGGUCUUGUUUGUGAAGCCACUAGUAUACUGGACUCGAUUUUUUAUCAUAGCCACAGCAUUUUCUCGUCCUCAAAUUGAUGCUAUAGGGUCCAAAAUUAGAGAUCUAGCAGAGAAGAAAUAUGGGAAAGUUCCAUCUGGAGACUUAAAACCCAAUUCCUGGACCCUACUGGACUUUGGUGACGUUGUUGUCCACAUAUUUCUUCCCCCACAGAGAGCUUUUUACAAUUUGGAGGAGUUUUAUGGUAAUGCAACACCAAUUGAACUGCCUUUUGAAAAUCAACCCCCAUUUCGUGGUUGAGCAAAAGAUUUAAUUUUCCCCCAAGAACAAAAAAGUAUGGAGAUGAUGCCUGCAAUUCAUGGCCAUCUUUGUCAGCCUAUAAUCAGGGCCAAUUUUGGUUUCGAGUAUGCUUAGCAUCAUGGGUUUUGCUCUGCUUCCAGCUGAGUGGAGGAUCCUUCAAAGGUUUAUUCUAGCGUCGGAUAUAUAAGUGCUGUGUCACUCUUUGAAAAAAAUUGUAACAUAGGGGUCUGCAUAAAGAUUAUUGUUAGUAACUUGGUAGGUUGAAAUUUGGAAUGAAUAAUUCUGCACAGACUAUGCUGUCCUGGAAGAUGGUAUUAAUCUGAAUUGUAUUUGUUCGUUUUAACAGUUGAGGUGAACAUUAGGCUGUUAAGCAGUGUCGAUGAAGAUAGUGCUAUGUUGUUCUGGUGCUUCACCAUAUUAUGUGCAUACUCACCCGCAGUUUCUUCUGAAAAUUUCGAGCACCUACAUGAUUCCAUUGAGUUGUU